AUGAACCCACCGAAACCGAUGAUUGAAGGCAACAGCUUCACGCUGCGAAGCGUGGUCGUGGGCCUGGCUGUUGGGACGGUCAUCUGUGCUGCCAAUGUCUACUUCGGACUUCAGACGGGCUGGGUGUCAAUAAUGUCCAUGCCGGCUAGUCUGAUGGGGUUUGGAAUUUUCAAAAUGUUGCGACCCCAUUUAAGCUUCCCCUUCUCUCCAGUCGAGAAUGUCUUAUUGCAAAGUGUCGCCUGUGGUAUGGCUAUUAUGCCGCUUGGAUGCGGCUUCGUUGGAGUGAUUCCUGCUAUGAAUUACCUGCUGUAUCCUACGGAAGAGGGACCCAUCUACCUCAGUACUACGCAACUCAUUAUCUGGUCACUUGGGCUGUGCUAUUUCGGAGUGGUAUUUGCUGUACCUUUUGGCUUCAGCACUGCUGUUCUCAUAUCUGUGCUUCACGGCAAAGGGCCGCAAUCUUCCAUGCCAGAGGACUUAUAUAGCGCCGCACAGGGUGGUUUUGCCAGUCUGGUUCCGCGUACAGCCAUUCAAGAUGACGCUGUGUCAGAUACUAAUACCGGAGAUGGCGACGAACAUGACAUCUUGGAAACUCAAGCAGAUCCACCAUCGGAAUGGGCAUCAAACAUGGGGCUGCUCCUAAUUUGUUUCUCUAUUUCCGGCUUCUUUACCGUUUUAACGUAUUUCUUGCCCGUCCUUCGAAAUCUUCCAAUAUUUGGUACGGUUGCCGCCAAUACUUGGCUCUGGACGUUAAACCCUAGCCUCGCUUAUGUUGGCCAAGGCGUGAUCAUGGGCACCGAGACAACACUGCAUAUGACAUUGGGAGCUGUUGUUGGUUGGGGUUUCCUUAGCCCGCUAGCAAAGUUGAAGAGCUGGGCUCCAGGGCCAGUGGAUGACUGGGAGCAUGGCAGCAAAGGAUGGAUUAUCUGGGUAUCGCUGGCAAUCAUGCUAGUGGAUGCUGUCGUUAGUCUCGGCUAUCUUGCAUCACGAUCUUUUCUCCUCCCCUCAAUAUCGAGAUUCACUGAAAACUUUCGGAAAAGACUACAAAACGCAAGAAGACAAAUGUUUGAGGAUUCAUCUCCCCAGUACUCCUUGCUGCAGGACCAGUACGAACACUUCCAAUCUCAUACGCAAGGCAUCAUUGAUAAUACAAGGACGUUGAGCGACGAUGGCAGCGAUAACAUUGAUGAUGUUGAGGGCGAUGACGAUGCCCCGGCUGAUCAACGCGUCGGGGGGAGAUUGGUAAUCAUCGGACUUAUCGCUUCCAUUAUAUUGUGUAUAGGGACGACCCAUUUCGUGUUCGGUGAUCUUGUUCCCCUGUACGCAACCGUCAUUGCCGUCUUAAUUGCUCUAGUCUUGAGCGUAAUGGGUGUACGGUCACUCGGAGAAACCGACCUCAACCCGGUUUCGGGCAUCAGCAAGCUGGCUCAGCUUUUCUUCGCCCUAAUCAUCCCUCACUCUAACAAGUCGAGCGUGCUGAUCAAUCUUGUUGCCGGCGCAGUGGGCGCAUUGCAAGCCGGGGACCUCAUGCAAGACCUCAAAACUGGGCAUUUACUAGGCGCUGCCCCAAACGCCCAAUUCUGGGGGCAAGUGAUUGGUGCUACUGCUGGCGCCACUCUGAGUGCUUUCAUUUAUCAAAUUUACGCAUCGGUUUAUACCAUCCCGGGAGACCUUUUUCAAGUCCCUACCGCUUAUGUCUGGAUAUUCACAGCGAGGUUAGUUACAGGGCAAGGACUACCGUAUAUGGCCAAAGAGUGGGCUCUGGGGGCAGGAAUCAUCUUUGCUAUAACAACAUUGAUUCGUACCGCUGGUGUCGACAAAUGGUGGCGGCCAUAUGUUCCGGGAGGAAUUGCUGUGGCAGUCGGAAUAUACAAUGUACCAUCAUUCACCCUUGCCCGAGCGGCGGGCGGAGUCGUCUGUUGGUACUGGACGAGAAUUCUGCGACGGCCGAAUACACAGCUUAUAAUUCUCGCGUCGGGCUUCAUUCUCGGAGAAGGUUUCUUGAGUAUUGCCAACUUGAUUCUUCAGGGCCUCAAAGUGCCGCAUUUAUCAUAA